AUGGCCCCUCUAAAAAGUCUUCUUCGGCCAUGGCAAAAGGACGAGAGAUUUGACGGAAGACAAAGAGCCCCAUCUUCUUACAAUCCCCUCUAUUCCUACCGCCUAUCUCGGGGAGACACCAGGCACUACCACCAACAAUUCGGCGACAUGUACUUUUUGCGCUUGGCCAAACUGAAGCCUGUGGUAGAAAAGAUUGCUGAAGAAGACUGGGCCGACUUUGAGAUCGCAGGGGAGAAAGCACAGAGAGUGGACAGAGUGCUAGACGUCCGGCAAGGCCAAUUGUGCUGGGUGGUCGGGACAAUCUAUAUGGACAUGCCUUUGAAACCAAAUAUUCUGGAAGACAUAUCGAAAGAGCACUGGGUUGCAGGCGCGCCACCACGACAUUCAUACUUGACUGAAGACGGGGAAACGCAGGUCAUGCUGGAGGAUGAAUCCGGUCGACUUCGACUCGCGGGGGCAAUGUUGAAAAGCAAUCUGCUAGUCACCGGCGUGAUUGUGGCUGUAUUGGGCACUGAAACCGCAAAUGGAGACUUUGAUGUGCUGGAUCUGCACAUUCCCGACCUCCCACGACAGCCACGGAGAUGGGAGAGGGACGAGGAGGAGGAGACAAAAAUGGAGGUUGACCAGCAACGGAAGAAGAUCGCUCUUAUCAGCGGGCUUGACAUCUCGGAGACUGAAGCCGACACAUUGAAUCUCUCUCUUUUGUCCGAGUUCCUGCUCGCGGAGGCAUUGGAUGAGGAUGACCGACGGGAAGCCUGCAAAAUCUCUCGUCUCAUAAUCGCGGGUAAUUCUAUUGUCUCCGAACUACUCCCCGGUCAUCAAAUGUCGAUCGAAGACGGCAAGAAACCUGGCAAUCGCAAGUACGGCUACGAUGCAGCUUCGUCCAACCCCGAGCCAACGGCCCAUCUCGACCAAUUCCUCGCCGAACUUCUCCCUAGCAUACCAAUCACAAUUAUGGCCGGCGAACAAGAUCCCGCAAAUGCAAGCUUACCACAACAGCCCAUCCAUCCAGCCAUGUUACCGCACUCACGACCCUACACCACCGCGAAUAUCGCUGAUCCGGAAGAGGAAGAGCCCGGAUGGCUCGACAGCGUGACGAACCCUUGGGAUGGUGAUGUGGAGGGAUGGCGAUUCAUGGGCAACAGCGGUCAACCGGUCGACGACAUCCUCAAGUACGUGGACUUCGGUGGCCCAGACGGAAAAGGAGCAGACGGAAGAUUAGAGGUCAUGGCUAGCAUGUUGCGAUGGCGAUGCGCUGCACCAACCGCUCCAGAUACACUAUGGUGUUAUCCAUUUCAAGAUCGCGAUCAAUUCGUCAUUGAAGAGUGCCCGCAUGUCUUCUUCGUGGGCAAUCAACCGAGAUUUGAUACUUCAGUUAUCGAAGGUCCUGAGGGGCAACAAGUCCGACUUAUUGCGAUUCCACGAUUCGACGCCAGUGGCGAGCUGGUCUUAGUUGAUUCAGAGACGUUGGAAGUUGAGGUGGUCAGGUUUGACAUCCCGGGUGUCUCCACGACGAAAGUGGUCUUGGUCCCAUACUCUGCCCACCAUGUGCCCAAAUACCACGGAUGGAUGAAGGACCCUGAAAUCCAGGAAGCGACGGCGUCUGAGCCCUUGACUUUGGAAGAAGAAUACGCCAUGCAACGCAGCUGGCGCGACGACGGGGAUAAAUUGACGUUUAUUAUUUGCCGACCGCUCCACCCAAAUCACAGCGGAGAUCGAGAUUGUCGCGGUCAAGAGCAACAGGCACCCAGAGCAAUGCGGACUGACGAUGGAGAAGCCGAGGGAAGAGAACAGUCUGAUCCACAUCAUCGUGAGAUUGACGCGAUGGUCGGAGACGUGAACCUCUUCAUCUCGACGACGGCCGUAGAAGGCGAUUCUGGAGGCCGUGGCGACAUCCCGAUCCUCACCGGCGAAAUCGAGCUCAUGAUCGCAGAAGCCGCCCAGCAGCGAAAGGGCUACGGUCGAGCCGCGCUGCUCGCGUUCCUGAAGUACAUCCUCGCUCACGAGUCCGAGAUCCUGGCCGAGUUCUUCUCCCAACAUCACGUGGAGGAUGGACAUCAUCGCAGUCGAAAGCAGCACGCCUCUUCUGCCCCCCUUGGACAUUUCGACCACCUGUCCGUGAAGAUCGGCAGCACGAACUUCCGCAGCAUGGCGCUCUUCCAAGGCCUUGCAUUCCGCAAGACGAGCGAGGAACCAAGCUACUUUGGAGAGUUUGAACUGCGCCUGUCCCGGGCGGGGCUGGUGGACUUGAUUGCACGUGUCGAGGCCGGUACGACGGCGGAGGUGACGCGUCAGGGGGGGUUGCUCGAAGGCUAUCGCGAGGCGGGGUAUUCAUGUCAAUAG